ACAAUCUCGAAGCAAGCUGCUGUACCACUCUGUCUUUCCUCAUCCAAAUGUUCUUGCGCAGUCCAAUUCUUCGCCUUGCACAAACCCAACGUCAAUUCGUUCGUGUAAUACCUGAAGCAAUCACAAAACCCAUCUCCAACAUCAUGUCUUCCGAUGCACCCGAACCCACUGGCUUGAUUGCCGACAAGGGUCUUGAGCUCUUGACUUUCGGCACUCCCAAUGGCCACAAGAUUACCAUCUUCCUUGAGGAGCUGAAGGAAGCUUAUGGCAAGGACUAUGUUUACCAGAGUGUCAACAUUAUGAAGAACACACAGAAGGAGCCUUGGUUUACCAAGUUGGGACCCAAUGGCCGUAUCCCUGUUCUUGUUGACCAUGACAAAGGCGGUCUCUCGAUCCAAGAGGGUUCUGCUAUCCUUGCUUACUUGGCUAGACACUACGACACGGAGAACCGCUUCUCUUUCAAGGAAGACCCUCAGCUGUCGCAUCAAGAGCAGUGGAUCGCUUGGCAGCACGGUGGUCUGGGACCCAUGCAAGGUCAGGCCAACCACUUCUUCAGACUGGCCAAGGAAAGAAUCCCAUACCCGACUCAGCGUUAUGUGGGUGAGACGGAACGUCUGAUGGGAAUCCUCGACAACCAGCUCAAGGACAACUCCUACCUCGUCGGCAACAAGUACUCGAUCGCCGACAUUGCAAACUACAGCUGGGUCAACCUCGCAUACUUCUCCGGCGUCAACCUCGCACAAUUCCCAAACCUGGAGAAAUGGUGGAAGUCGAUCAACGGUCGCCCGGCAGUCCAAAAGGGUCAGAGCAUUCCUGGACCUUCACCCUACACCAACGACAACUUCCAGCAAAAGCUCAAGGACGACAAGGAAUUCGCGGACAAGAAUGCCGAGUUGGAGAAGCUGAGAGACGAGGCCAAGAAGCAGUACGACUACAAGUACUCGAGCCCUUAGAAGCUGAUUCUCGUCGCACUAGUUCCAGCUCGUAGGGAGGGUGAAGGGAGAGACAAACCUGUAACAUUGGUCUGCAACCAUAGUCAUGCAAAUUUCAAACAUAACACUUGCUUGCCC